AUGCCUCCCAAAUCAAAUUACCUCUCCCCUCUCGACUGGCUUAUGCCAAACACCUACAUCCGCCAGAUCCUCUGUUUCCCGUCUACCCACCCAGACAUCCCCCGAAUACUACAGAAUGCCCUCCCCGGUCUCGUGGCCGACGUGCAGUACCUGCUAUCAGGCGUCGUCCGCAACGGUAGCCCAACAGGCUCUGUCUCCCUAAGCGAUGCGUAUCAAACCCCAGACGACCUCCUGUCGUGGCAAGAUCUCUCGUCAUCUUUGGAUUACCCCACGCUGAAGAGAGCAAACUUCUCACCCGGAGCAUUGACGUCAGCUGAGAUACUCCCUCAGGAUACGCAACCGCCCUUGUCGAAUCCGGCUCCCGUCUUCAGGGCCCAGUUGAGCUUGAUUCGGGAGGGAUUCUUGCUUUGUGUCGCAGUUCACCACAGAACGACGGAUGUCACUGGAUUUGGGGCUCUGUUCAAGAUGUGGGCAUCACAUUGUCGGACGGGCGGGUCGGAGCCGGUGGGGUUUGAUGGGAAGUGGUUGGACCGGAGGGCGCUGUUUGACCUUGAAUCAGUUGUUGGGGAAACGCCGUCCGGGACUUUGCCGAAUUUACUGUCGCCACGGGAGCUUGCGGUCAAGGUUUCGAAGCUGGAAGACGCCAAUCGAAGCCCCGUCGAGUUCAAAACUAGUAUAUUCUUCUUCCCGGACGCUACGUUGAAGGAACUGAAGGGCGCGGUGAACCGUCAUAUCACGACACUCGAGACACAAACGGACGUAACCUGGGUGUCCUCAAGCGAUGUUCUGACGGCCAUCCUAUGGAGCGCCAUCAUCCGGGCAGAAACUCCUCCUCCGGGUACUUACAGCCCCGGGGACACGUCAACAAUAGGCGUCCCGGUCAACUUCUGCUCCCGUUACAACCCGCCGCUACCGAAGGACUACGUCGGCGCCGCAUUUUUUAUGACGUCCGCCACAGCAUCGUGGGACGACUUGAUUUCCCUCUCAAACCCCACUACGUCUUCUCAAACCCCAAACGCGGUUCUCCUGGAUCACAAAUCAUUAUGUAAAUUGUCAACAAUCGCCAUCGCAGUCCGAGCCGCCCUCGGUCGAGUCCACGAGAAAGCGGUUCAGAAUGCAUUGUCGUACGUAGCAUCCCAAUCAGAUAUCAGCUCGAUCAAGCUGGGUCCGCCGCAUGACGGGGUUUCCCUUGUUUCGUGGGCCGAUGAGGGGGUGUACGACCUUCAGUGGGGCACGGGAGUGGGACGGUGCGAGGCGGUGCGGAUACCAGCUUGGAGGGGGAGGAGGUAUCCGGUUGUGCUGCCGCGAGUACCGGGUACUGAGGCUAGUGAGGAGCCAACCAUAUACUAUCGAGGCCAAAUUUUCUACAAAUGGCAAUCUUGA